AUGAGUAAAAAGGAUAAAGUAGUUGUGAAUAGCACAUAUUUAAAUGAAUAUAAUACUAAUUAAGGGUGCAAUUAGAAUAGUUAAGAAAACUUGAGCUCAUUAGAAGAUUAAGAAGAUGAUGAAAAUAUUAUUACUGAAAAGGACGAAGAUGUAGAUAACCUAACUUGUUCAUAAUUUAUUAAGUAGACCGAGCUAUCUUUAAAUAAAGAAGACAUACAUAGCACAUCAAGGUUUGACUCAGACUAUAUUAAUAACGCUUUGCAUGAAGGAUUCAACAGCAACGAAUAUAGCAAAGAUGUCAGUUAAGAAGAGGAAGAUGAAGAAGAAAAUAAUAUUUAAGAAGAGGACUAUGACUCUUAUUAAAACUCAAAUGAUGCAAAUUCUUAUCAAAAAUAAGUGCAAUAAGAUUUUGAAAAUUAAUACUCUAUGCUAAAUAAAAACUACAAGCUGAAUUCAAAUCAAUUAUUUGAAUAAAAUUCUUAAAAUGUAUCUUUGAUUAAUAAAUAAUUUGCAUAGCAAGGCUAAGAGGAGCAUUUUUAAAAUGAGUUAAUUAUUGUUAAAAAUACAAAUAAUGUAUUACAAUAAGAGAAUAUAAGAUUGAGAUAAGAAAUUUAAUUUUUGAAACAAUAGCAUUAAACAAAUGAAGACUUAAUUAGAAUGCAAGCAGAGUAUCAAUAAAUAAAGUUUGAUGAGAAGGUUUAAGUAGCUCUUAAGUAGUUGAAAGAUAAAUAUGAGGGCAAAAUAAGUAAUUAUAAGGAAUAAAUAAAAAUGUAUCAAACUUCUAUUGAAAAUAUACGUGCUUAGUAUAAAGAUAAAAACUAGAAACUUUAGGAUGUAGUAGCAAGACUUGAGUAGGAAAAGUAGGAGUUAAUCGAUAAGAAUAUUGAUUUCAUUAAGAAUAAAAUAUAAAAUAAGAUAAUUGAAGAAAAUAAUUUAAAUAAUUCUUAGUUAAUGUAUAGUUCCUAAUAAAAAGUUAAUUCCAGUAAUAUCCCUUCUGCUUUCAAUACUCAUAAUAACUCAUAAUUUAACAAUACAUUGAACUUAGUUAAUGAAUCAUUUGAAAACUUUAACUUUACUGGCUCUUUUAGUAAGUAACUAGCUUAAUUAAAGCAAAAUCAAAAAUUAUCUACAGAGAAGUUAUAGGAUCUUAAGGUUGAUGCAAUUUGUAUUCAAAGCAGUAAAAAUGAAUAGCAAAAGAUGGAUUCAUUUAUAAUUGAAAAAAUGAAAGACGAGUCAUUCUGUUUAGAAUAUCAAUCUGCUUAGAAUAGUGCAAAAAUAAAAACUGAUAACUUAAUAAAUAAAUCAAACUGUGGUUCAAGAGUUGAAAUAAAAAAUGAUCAUCAAAAUCUAUAUAAUUUGAACUCGAGAGACUUAGAAACAAAUGCUCUUAAUAGCAGUAAUAGUAAUAAAAACACUUUCCAAUUAACAAGACUAUCAAAGUAGAUUAAAUAAGAAGAAGAAGCUGAUGCUUCUUUUUCUGUAGAAUAAAAUAAUAAAAUCUCAUACUAUGACGAGGCUUUAUAUCAAGAUAAAAUCAGAAAGAGUCUUCAUUAAGGAGAGAGCUUAUUACAAAAUAAUUAGUCUUUGAAUAUUGGAAGGAAAUCAGAGUAACUUAGUCCGAAUAACUCUUUUAACUAGAUGUCAUCUUUUAGCAGGCAUAUCUAUGAUAAAAGAUCUUAUUCUAUUGAUUCAAAUAUCUUGAAAGAUCAAAAUAAUUCCAAGAGCUUCUAAGAAAGGACAUAUUAGGAUUACGAUUCUAGUUUAUCUAGAGUACAAAAAUAUUAAGAUUAUUUCUUAAAUGAUAUUUAAGCAUUAAGAAAGAAAAAUUAAUUAAAUGGAAAUUCUAGAAAAAAUUCAAUAAGUGAGAGUUCUGUUAAUACAUCUUUGAAUAAUAUAACAGGCUAAAAAAUUCAAAAAAAUAAUUUUAUGAAGAAUAAAACUUUAACUAUAAACACAAACUCAACUUUAGUUAGCGAAAAAAAUAGAAGAAAACGAAGCAGCAGCUAAAGAAAUUCAACUUUAGGUAAUACAAAUAAUUUGUCUUUCAAUAACAAGGAAAAUGCUCAGACAAAUGCUAAUACUGCCAAUAAAAGUUCUUACAUGAAGUAAACUUAAAGCAGUAAACAAAAGAAAGCUAUGUAUAAGCUACCUGAUCAUUUAACAUCUUUAAUACCUUCUAAGAUUGGUAAAUCAAAUUCUUUAGAAAAGAAAACUAAAAAGUCUUAAACAACUACAAACACAUUAGGAUUAAAUAAAACAAUAAAUUUAAUUAAUUAGUAAAAAAAAUAAUAAACAUUAUAAAAAACAAAAAUAUGA